CGACUCCAAGCUACUAUCCCAAUCCCACAUUCCUCAUUACUUUCUUUGGUCACGCAGUCGCUCUGCGCCGGCCUGGUCAAAUUCGACCCUUUUGACGGAUCCUUUUGCGAGUCCGUUGGGGCUCGUUUCGCAGGCAGGCGCCUCCGUCCGACUUGUAAUAUCGCGGUCUCGAGAACGGCCUCUUGAGCCUCAAGGAAGCACCGCAAUCCGACGUUUCCACCCGCAAGCUGUGCGACGUAUGCCUCGCCGAUUUAUACGCAACAUCUGCUGUCGACAUAUGCGCUCGCCAUGAGCUACUCCUACGCCCCGCGCACACGACUCGGCCACCAGGCGACUUCGCCCUCACCGCUGCGCCAGACAUCCACAGCAUCUAAUGGCUCGUCGACGUAUUCGAGCAACUCGAACCGAUACACACCCAGCCGGUCAAGCACAUUCUCAAGCGAUGCAUCGAACGGCUAUCCUCCGGUGACCACGGGGCACCGCCGAGGUCUGAGCGAGGCGACGGCGCUCUCACAACCACGCACAGAGAGCUACUUUGGCUCCGAAGAUACUGACCCGGGCAGUGCAUAUGCAAGUAUGCGCAAGGCUCUGCGUCCGCUCCCACAGGUGCCGCAGAGCUCGCCGGUGCCCGAACCGCCUGCUCGUCCGACGAACAGUCCUACGAACAGUCCGACACGGACACACACACGAUCGCAGAGCGUCGACCCUGCUCGAUACAACUCUUUCGAUGGCUCCGUUUCUCCGCCCGCAAAACCGCGCCCUCUCUCUAUGGCCAUUUCCCGCUCCGACUCGAUCCGCGCACCUGCCCGUGACCACUCCUCUCGACCCCACAACGCGACCCAUCUCGAGCGACCAGACCUGCAAAAGCUCGGAAAGUCCGCAACAGGUCAUCUCCGGACGCUGUCCAAGUUUGCCGAGACAGCUUCAGAGGAAGACUUCACAAUCAAAUCGCCCGAGCAGGAAGUGGUUGGUCUACACGGGCGGAGAAGGUUGCAGCGCACCGACUCAGCGCGAGGGAAGAAGACAGCUUCAAGUUGGGCGAGCAGGAAUUGGAUGGACCAGCAGAGGCAAUUCCUGCAGGCGUACGAAUACCUGUGUCACAUUGGAGAGGCAAAGGAGUGGAUAGAAGACAUCAUCCACAAAGACAUUCCGCCCGUCGUGGAGCUUGAAGAAGCAUUAAGAGACGGGGUGACUCUGGCCGAGGUGGUUCAGGCGAUACAAGGACGACCACUGCGGAUAUUCCGGGACCCAAAGCUGCAAUGGCGGCAUUCCAACAACUACGCCCAUUUGUUCAAGUUCCUGGCCGACGUAGAACUUCCCGACCUCUUCCGAUUCGAGCUUGUCGACUUAUACGAGAAGAAGAACAUACCCAAGGUCAUCUACUGCAUUCACGCGCUCUCAUGGCUCCUGUUCCGCAAGGGCAUGGUCGAUUUCCGUAUCGGGAACCUUGUAGGCAAGCUACAAUUCGAAGAUCACGAGCUGGAAGCCAUGCAGAAAGGGCUCGAUAAGGCUGGGGUUAGCAUGCCCAACUUCUCUGGCAUGUCAGCCAAGUUUGCUGUCGAGCCAGAGCCCGAGCCGGUGGAAUCGGAAGAAGAUCGCAUCGACCGCGAACUCGCCGAGAACGAAGCCAUCAUUGCCGAUCUCCAGGCACAGAUUCGGGGUGCCCUGCUGCGGAUGCGGCUCGGAAACAUGAUGCAAUUUCUCUGGGAUAGGGAAGAACUCAUCGUUGACCUUCAGUCGCGCAUCCGAGGCGACUGGGCGAGGCAAAUCGCCUACUAUCGCAUGGACAUGCGACGAUUCGCAAUCCAUCUCCAGAGCGCCGCUCGCGGCUUCCUAAUACGGUCGAGAUUACGGGGCGAGGAGGAAUACUGGCGCGACAAACAAUCCCAGGUCCUGAUGGUGCAGAAUCUAUUCAGGGGACGCAAAGCCCGGACGCAAGUUCAGUACACCAAGUCUAGAAUGCAACGUCACGAGAACGGUAUCCGACAAUUCCAGGCCGCCAUUCGGGGAGCCUUAGAACGAUUGCGGGUCUCCGAGCGAUACGAACAGACACGCGAUGUGGAACCCGCCGUAUUGCACAUCCAGUCCAUGAUCCGUGGAGCCCUCAUCCGACACCAGAUCGACCGGGAAUAUGCAGAACUGAAGGAGAAUGAAGCCGAGAUCUCCCAGGUUCAAGCCGUAUCGCGAGCAACGCUCGUGCGUCAGUCGCUGCGAGCUGACCAGGAGAACCUUCGCCAACACGAGUCCAUCAUCACACUCCUGCAGGCCGCUGCCAGGGGCGCGAUAGAACGAAAGAAGAAUGCCGAAAUGCAAGAGAAGCUGGUACGUACCGAUGUUAAUUGGUCCGACUUCCAAUCUACGGUUCGAGGCAACUCCUUGAGAAACUCCCUCAGGCAAUUGCAGGAAGCGCUCCAAGCCGAGGCGCCUCAAAUCACUGAUCUCCAGGCUGUUGCAAGAGGAGGCCAGCUUCGUUCUGAGGUUGCGGAUAUCCUCGCGCAAUUGAAUGAUCAGGAACCUCUCAUUACUUCUAUUCAGUCUUACAUGCGCGGAUUCAUGUCGCGCCAGAGGCACUUCUCUGAUCUCAAGGCUCUACAGGCACAAACACCCACCAUUCUGGACCUGCAAGCAGCGUGUCGGGGCUACAUGCAACGGCAGCGCACGUACGAGCUCCUAUGUGAGCUAAACAUCCAGGAGCCUGAGAUCGUUCAACUCCAGGCGCUCGCACGGGCAAUGGUCCUGCGAUUAGAGAUCGGCGCCCUUCUGGCCCUGGUUGAGGAGCACGAUGUAAUGAUCGUCGAGCUGCAAGCGCUCGCUCGUGGCAUGAUGAUCAGGAGGAAGUUCGCCGAGAAAAAGAAGUAUUACAAGGAGAACAUGGAGAAGGUCAUCAAGCUCCAGAGCUUUGUUCGCGGGCGUCAGCAGGGCGAGGCGUACAAGAGCUUGACCAGCGGCAAGAAUCCUCCUGUCUCAACCGUCAAGAACUUUGUGCAUCUGCUCAACGAUAGCGACAUCGACUUCGAUGAAGAGAUUGAAUUCGAGCGCCUCCGGAAAACGGUGGUUCAACACGUCCGCCAGAACGAGCUUGCAGAGCAGUAUAUUGACCAGCUGGACAUCAAGAUCGCACUACUGGUCAAGAACAAGAUCACCCUCGAUGAAGUCGUGAAGCACCAGAAGCACUUCGGUGGUCAUGUGGGAACACUCCUCAGCAGCAAGGACAUCUCCUCUAAGGACCCCUUCGACCUUAAGGCACUGAACAAGAACUCUCGACGGAAGCUUGAGCACUACCAGGAGCUCUUUUUUAUUCUUCAGACUCAGCCACAGUACAUGGCGCGACUCUUCAAGCGUCUCAGGGAGCAGGGCCUCGCUGACAAAGAUACUAAGCGCAUCGAACAGCUGACGAUGAGCUUGUUUGGCCUUGCUCAGAAGCGAAGGGAAGAGUACUAUCUCCUGAAGCUUAUGGCUCGAUCGCUGAAAGAAGAGGUGGAUGGCUGUGGGGCCCUCCAAGAGUACAUCCGCGGCAACUUCUUCUGGACGAAACUCUUCAACAGCUACGUGCGAUCUCCUAAGGACCGGAAGUUCUUGAAGGAUCUUUUUGGUCCGUUGAUCAAGGAGAAUAUCGUCGAGAAUGAACACCUUGACCUAGAAAGCGAUCCGAUGCAGAUAUACCGGUCGGCAAUCAAUAACGAGGAGCUGCGAACGGGCCAGCGGAGUCGGCGCGACCCCAACGUCACCCGAGACCAAGCGAUCAAAGACCCUGAGACGCGAGAGACGUUCAUCCAUCACCUUCAGGAUCUCCGAGAUAUCGCUGAUCAGUUCUUCUCGAUCACCGAAGAAGUGCUUCACAGAAUGCCUUACGGCGUCCGGUAUCUCGCUCAGCAGAUGUUUGAGGAACUACGACAAAAGUUCCCCUAUGAAGCCCAAGAACAGCUUCUCCAAAUUGCCGGACAUUGGGUAUGGAAAUCCUACAUGCAACCUGCGCUGCUUCACCCCCAACACUGGGGUGUUGUUGACCGUGGCCUAUCGCCACUCAUGAACCGGAAUCUCGGCGAGGUUGCCAAAGUCCUCGGUCAAGUGGCCGCUGGCCGGUUAUUUGGCGGAGAGAAUGUGUACUUGCAGCCCCUGAAUAGCUACAUCACUGAAGCUAUUGAUCGGCUGCAGGACAUCUGGUCUAACAUGAUCAAUGUUCGUGACGCCGAGGCGCAGUUCGAGAUCGAUGAGUUCAACGAUCUGUUUGCCCGCACGAAGCCAACGCUCUACAUCAAGCUCGCCGAUAUCUUCGCAAUCCACGGCCUCGUCGUCGACGACCUCCCGAUCCUCUGCCCCUGUCAGGACGAUCCUCUUCGAGAAGUCAUUCGUGAGCUCGGAAGUGCAAAGAACAACGAGAGCGAGCUGUUGCACGUCAGCUCUACCGAGAUCACGUUGACUCUCAAUCCCAAGUUCCACGAGCAAGAAGAUCCCGACGCAGCAGUCAAAGCUCUCUUCAUGGAGACCAAGCGCUACAUCCUCUACAUCAUCCGCAUCCAACAAGGCGCCAACCUCACAGAAAUCAUGUGCAAACCUGUCACCCCCGAAGACGAAGACCGCUGGGAUGCGCUCGUGCGCGAAGAACUCGCCGCCCAUAACAAAGACCGCUCGCGCAAGCUGCGCUCCUCCGCCGCGUCUACCUACACCACCGACAUGACCUCUACCACUCUCCUCGACAUGGACUACCCAACCCUGAAACGCUAUGCCUUGGAGAACAUCCUCACUCUUCAGCGCGCCGGCCGCAUCUCGCCACAUAACCACUACCAGGACCUGCUCAACGCCAUCGCUGUCGAUAUCCGCACCAAGCACCGGCGGCGCAUCCAGCGCACUAAGGAACUCGAGGGCGUGCGCGCUACCCUCACUGCGCUAGACGACAAAGCGCAUUUCCUGGAUUCGCAGCUGAAGUCUUACAAUGACUACAUCGAGCAAGCGAUGGUAACGCUGCAAAACAAGCGCGGGAAGAAGAAGUUCCUCCUCCCCUUCACCCGCCAGUACAACCACAUGCGCGAGCUCCAGCGUUCCGGCCGCGAAUACCGCUUUGGCAGCUUCAAAUACUCGGCGCGCAAUCUCGCCGAAAAAGGUAUCCUGGUCUCCUGGCAGGGCUACCCCGAGCGCCAAUGGGAUCGCCUGGACGUCACCAUUAGCUCUAACACCGUCGGCGUGUUCGAGAUCCAGGGCAGCCAGGGUUCCAUGAUGAUCCCUGGUGCGUUCGCAGAAGUACCCCUCGAUGGACUCCUGCAGGCGCAGUUCGAUAACCAUCAGUUUAUGAACCUGUUCGGGGAUGCGUCCAAGGGGGCCGAGGGCGCCGCGAGGGUUAAUGUGAACUUGUUUUUGCACUUAAUUUUUAAGAAGUUUUAUCGGGAUGAGUAGGGGCAUCUGGGUCAUCAGGCGAAUCGGGUACAAGCCUAGGAAAUGGGUUGGUGGUGUUGAUGGCUUGGAUGGCGAGGGGUGGGGUGAAUAUACCUUCGUUUUCACUUGCAUAGGGUGGCCGCGGUAUUGGUGUCGGUGUCGGUGUUGCGGUUCCGUUUCUGGUUUCUUCGUCGUUUCAUGGUGCGAAUAUGUCAUGUUGUUCAUGACGGCUUCUCUUCUUUUGCGGGCACGAUUCAUAUGAUAGGGUGGCUUUCGCGCUUGCACUUGCGCUGGAGCAUGAGCAUGUUAGAAGAGUACAGUAUCUACACAGAUGCAACGAAUAGUCCAUGAUGUAAUGGGGUAGUACAGCCAAGAGUAAGUAAAAAAAGAAUGAAAGGCAAUGCAAAUGCAACUAUCUCU